AUGGCGUGUCUGGAGCGCCGCUGUCGCGACGCCGCCACCUUCGACUUCUGGACCGACUACCUGGGGCUGUGCGCGCUGGUGGGCCCGGCCCGGCCGCCCGCCGCCCCCGCGCUGCCGGCUGCGCCCUGCCCCUGCGCCCUGCGCGACGGCGGCUGCUCCGCGCCCGGCCCCGCCGCCGCCCUGCGCGACCUGGAGCAGCGCUUCGCCCUGCUGCGCCCCUUCCAGCCCGCCGGCGGCGGGGCGCUGCGCCCGGGCCGCGGCCGGGCCUCGGAGGGCGGCUGCGCGGCCGGCCCGGGCCCCUUCGAGCUGCUGGGCGCGGAGCGCAAGGGGCGCAGGGGGCCCCCAGGCGGCGGCCGGGCCAAGCCCGAGCCCAAGAUCUGCGUCUUCUGCCGGAACAACGGGGCGCCCCAGGAGGUGUUCGGCUCGCACGUGCUCAAGAGCCUGGACGGCCGGGUGCUGUGCCCGAUCCUGCGCGCCUACACCUGCCCGCUCUGCAGCGCCCGCGGCGACAACGCGCACACCAUCAAGUACUGCCCGCUCUCCCGCCAGCCGCCGCCGCAGCGCGCCCUCAAGGGCCGGGCCGCGGGCCGCCGCCUCCCCCUCUUCUAG